UUCAACGUAACUUGUUUGUUACUGAAAUACAUAUAAUUAUUGUUUAAUUUUAUAAUUAUAGUCUUAUUUAAAACCUUCAUAAGAAGAUGUUUAUAAAGCCUUUUAAAAUUAGGUCAAAUAAUCAAUUGAAAGAAACUGAAAGAAAAAAAUUGUGUGAUGAAGUUGGCCAAAAUUUUCCUUCUUUGAAAAAUGAAGAAAUUAAAAACCUUUUACCAAAAAAGGAAUCAGUUAGUAUUUUGAAAAUAAUUACCCAUAAUGCAGAGAUGGGAAAAAUUUAUUGCAAUGCUAAAGUUCCAUUAUUUUUUCAAUUGAAUUCACAAUCAGAAUUAUUUCCAACUUUAUUUACAUUGUGGCAUCAUCCAAAUUUACUUUAUAGUUACACAAUCAAAUCUCCUAUUGUUUCUAAAUUAGCUAAUGGUGCAAAUUUAAUGUUACCUGGAGUAGUUGUCGAUAAUUUUUCAAAUUUCCAUUGCUAUGGUAAAUUAAAAAAGGGUGCUUUAGUAUCUAUAAUUACUGAUGAUAAUGUGGCUCCUAUAGCAAUUGGUCUUACUGCUAGAUCUAGUGAAGAUAUGUAUAUGUCAGCAGGUUCUGGAAAAUGUGUGGAUAUUGUGCAUGUAAUAGGUGAUUAUCUUUAUAAUAUUGAUAAACCACUUGUCAGACCGAAAUUAGGACCACCUACACUUUUAAGAAAUGAAUCUAAGAUUAGAUCUUUCAACGAAAGUACAAUUAGUAUACAAAGACAGAUUGCAAAUGAUAUUGAUGGAGUGUCUGUAGAUAUUGAUAAUAUAAACAUAAUUACAAAUAAAAAUGAUGAAACCAACAUUGAAGCUGCUGUAAAUGAUUUAAAAUCUAAUUCUCUGUCAAAUGAUUUACUCAAUGAUAAUGAAAAAAAAGAAUUAAUAUACCCUUUACAAAAAAUGGAUAAAUUAUUAGAAUAUUGUUUUUUUAAGGCUUGUAAAGUUAGUUUAAAAAAAGAAGAUUUACCUUUGAUUACAUCAACAUUUUUUAAAAAUCAUAUUAUUAGUGCAUGUCCAACAGGAAGUACUGUUGAUGUUAAAAAAUCAUCUUACAAAAAAUUGUCUGUUUUUUUAGCUAAUAUGAAAGCAAAAGGUCUUAUAGAAACUUCAAUUUUAAAGGGUGUUGAAACUUUACUUUCAGUUAAAUAUGAUCACCCACUAAUACAAAAUUUUAUUGUAAUGGAAGAAUCUGUUAGUAAAGAAUCUGAAAUGUCUAAUGCUCCCGUAAUAUCUGAAUGUUUCAGAGUAACAGCACCUGUAGUACCCAUUCUUUUUAAAUUUGGAUAUGAAAAAGGUGACAUUAUAAGGAGACCAGAAAUUCGAAAGUGUUUUACUGAGUAUAUUAAGAUUGAAAAUCUUCAAAAUGGAAAAUUAGUAAAAAUCAAUCCGCAACUUGCUGAUGUUUUACGCACAAAAGAAAAUCAACAAUACAUAACAAUUGAAGAUGGUAUCAAUAAGUUUAUUGGAAAAAUGACCCAUACACAUGAAAUCACUGUAGCAGGAAAUAAAAUACUUCACAGUGGAAAAUUAGAGCCUAUUGAUAUUACUGUAGUUACUAGAUCACACUGUAAAAAGGUUACAUUAAUUAAUAAUUUGGAAACUUUUGGUAUUAAACUUGAAGAUUUUAGCAAAGAAUGCCAAGUGAUAGGUGCAAGUGCUACAAUCACUAAUGUGUCAGGGAAAAAAACACCAAGUGUAUUAGUUCAAGGCAAUCAAGUUUUAUAUGUAUAUAAAUUAUUGUCAGAAAAGUAUCAUAUUAAUAAAAAUCAUAUAAAGGGUUUGGAAUUUGCUCCAAAAAAAAAGAAAUAA